AUGCGGCCCAAUGAGUGGCUUUUGUUAGUUUUAUCUUCUCUGGCUGGCAUCUAUUGUCAGCCAGCUCCCGUCCCCUUUAGCGACUGUACUUCCUCCGCCGCUCGUUCAGCCUUAUCUUCGACCCCUCAGUCCCACAUAAACAUCAGCGAAGUUUACUCUCAGGUAAUCUACGUAGGCGGGCAAAAGAAUCUCAAAACUGUAUUAAUUGGCGCUACUGGGAAUACUAUCGUGCCUUCUGCUAAGAACGACCAGGGCAAUUUGAUUCUCACGACCUUCUUCACCCGGACAUCCGUCCUCACCUUUACUUUGAACCAGAGCAACUCAUGGUUCUGUAAUACUGUCCGCCCUGUUUCUCCACUGCCUGCGCCUUCGAACGACUCCACAUACUGUCCGAUAUCUCCAGGUCAACUCGCAUUCUCUGUCACAUCACCACUUUUACAUGACUACAACCUAAGUUCCAUCGUUACACGUGUUCGCGUUGUGGAUCCUUCGGCUAAUGCCCUAGAGCUUGCCUGUGUCGAUGUUGACGUCACCGCGGUUCGGGAUCAGAACAAGACAAGCAACCUCGGCUACCCUCAGAUCCUAUUCUGGCUCAGCGUUGGAUUGGUGAUUUUAUACUGGAUUGUAAUCGGACUGGCGCGCAUUUCCGCUGCUUGGAGUCGUGGUGCAGCGAAACCUGAUUGGUCAGGCGUGAGAUGGGCUGGCACGGUCCUCGCAAGUGCGAUCAGUGGGGAAAGACUUUCGACUCACAGUGCCUUACUGCGCUUUGCGACACCCUCGUGGAGAGAUGUUUUUUUCCAUACCCAGUGGUGCGCCUCCUUGAUCAUGAUCGCCGUUCAAUGGCCAACAUUUGCUUACCCAAUCCUGGUUAAUACAGCAUGGUCUGUAUUGGAAUACAAUAUUACUCUGUCGGCAGACCGGAAUGCUGGAACGAACCAUUGGAAUCCAUGGAAAGCCAAUUACACACCUCCUUCAGGCUUCGCCGAUCAGAUGUCAAAUGUUAGCUCCCCCCUAUAUUUGGACCAGUCUAUCCCCAAUCAGCUCUAUCUUCUUCCGGGUGAUGCAAGUAAUGGGAUAAAGUCCUUUGCAGCCGCCGUUGGUUUGAGACCACAGGAUCUCUUCCCAACUUGUGCAAAGUUAUUCUUCAGCAUCGUUGGGGUAACGAUAGUUAUCAGCUCUCUGAUAUGGGCUAUCGACUGGUUUGUCUCGUUGCUCACGCGUACACCGAGGACAGGGCAUGGACGCGGCAGCCUGAGUCCUAGAUUCUCUGGGGGCGCGUCAUCCGAACUCAACAAGGAGCCGGACUUCACCGCACUACGAAUGGACGAUGACACUAUUUCCCAACCAUUGCCACGUUCCGGUCCUCACAUGUCGCGCCAUUGGUGGCAUUACCGUUUGGGUCAAAGUUCCUUUCACGGAAGCGUACUCCAGGGCAAUCUCGUGCGGGUCCUGAUCUUAUUCCAUUUCCCUCUCACCAUUUUCACAACCUACGAGUUUUCCCACGUGAUGAAGUCGAGCGCCAGCUCAAUUGCCUUGGCGUCAUUGUGCUUUGCCAUCAUUUGUGUUCUUAUACCAGCGCUUCUCCUUGUGCGUUUAGCGCUAACUCCGACAAAGAAGCUGUAUGAUGCAACGCGCACUUUACUUGCACUCGGACCGCUAUACUCUCAUUACGCCCAGGGUUCCGAGAUGUUUGCCGCUAUUGCUCUUGCGCACAGCUUGGCACUCGGCAUAACGAUUGGUGCUGGCCAGAAGAGUGGGACUACUCAGGCAAUUGUUAUCCUUGUUAUUGAGGUUGCAUCCGCGCUUGCGACGAGCAUAUGGCUCCCUUGGGGGGAAAGGGCGAGCAUGGGUGUAUUGAGUUUCAUCUUCUGUGUGGCGCGUAUAGUCACGGUGGUUCUCCUAAUUAUCUUGUGCCCGUUGGUAUCAGUUGGUGAUGCCGCAGGUGGUUGGAUAGCCUAUUCGAUUAUUGUUAUUCAAGCAUUAGUGUAUCUCGCAUUUCUUCUCAUGCUGCUAGUCAAGGCUAUUGAGGGACUCGUACGACUGAUUGGCCGGGUGCCGUUCGACAAGUCGACACACUCGAUGGACAGCGGUCUGCUUGGUGCUUUAAGUCUUGCUGGGUGUUGUGGAAUAAAGAGACGAAGUCGCCAAAAACGGAAAAACCCUCGAUCCUCAGGUAGCGCCGUGCCUCACGGUACUCCACAAUCAUCUCUCGGGUUAUCAUCUCCGAACAGGCUCAUGCAUCAGAAUUCUCCGCCGUCUUUCCUUCGACCCGAACAAGCCUUCUUACCUUACAGAGAGGAUGCCGACGACGAGACCGGAUAUAUCAUGGGAGCAUGGGGAAACCACACAUUCGGUGGCCCUUCAUAUCAACCAGUUAGUCCAGAAAACAGUGAGACUACGCCGGCGACCACGACAUCUGGUUUCGCUCGUGUUGGAGGCGGACGCGCGCACGCUGACUCGCCGUUCUCUAUCACUUCG